AUGGUCAACUACGAAACAUCAUCAUUCCAGGUGCAAGGCUUGGCAUCGAGUAUAUCCAAAAGGUUGUCAAGUGAGACCAACUCGUUGCUACUAAAUGCAAUUCCAACAGGAAGACAAGCCAAGAGGCUUGCACAACAAAUCAACUAUUCUGAAGAUUUCGUAGAUGAUUUUGAAAUUGAAAAUAGCCCCAGUGACCUACCUUUUAAUGGUCAGGAUAGUGGGCGUAAUUUGAAUGAAUCGAAAACUCAAGUCGAUGCGCAGAAAUAUGGGCCUGCAAGAAAUACUCCCAGAAUCAGCUCGCUUGAAGAUGAAUCAAAUUUGAACAGUCAAUCGAAUAAACUCGAGACCUUAAUCCCUAUAAAGUUGAAUUUGGAGAGUACUGUUACUAGUCACAAAGUCAAUGACAUUUUCGUGUGGAAUUUGAACCAAACAUUGGUUACACCCACAGAUUUUGCUCAAAUUUUAUGCAAUGAUCUCGAGUUGCCACACCCUAUGAUUGCACAAAUUGCAGACUCAAUAACACAGCAGAUUGAAGAAUAUUCGUAUGCGUCGAACUUGUCUAUCCCAAACAAAAACCCUUGUAACGUGAUCAUUGAUUUGUCAGUCAAUUUAAAUAAACAGUUGUAUCAGGAUAGAAUCGAGUGGGAUUUAAAUCAGAACGAAAUCACACCCGAAAAAUUUGCUGAAAUUGUUGUUGCCGACCUUGGGUUAUCAUUAGAGUUUAACUUAGCUAUCUCACAUGCAUUACAUGAAAUCAUUAUUCGUGUCAAGAAGGAGAUUAUCGAAGGAUCGUUUAACAAUGAAAUUCACAAUUUACACUUGGUUAAAGGCAUCUUUUUUGAACAAGGAUUAAGGAUUUUUACCGAGAGCAGUGUCAGUAAUGGCAAUGAUCGUUGGGAACCAUCCGUUGAAAUCUUAAGUUCGAGUGAGAUUGAAAGGAGAGAGAAUGAAAGAAUAAGGAACUUGAGGCGAUUGAAGAGGGAGAAUAUGAGAAGAGACUACGAUGAUAAUAAGCGGAGAAAUGUUGGUAGAAGAAGACGCGGAGACGAUGAUGAAUGGAGUCCUAUUAAUUAUACGGUUCCCGUGUUCUUAGCACAAGCAAACCCAUCACUUGCGAGUAUACAUAGCGGAAUGCAAAAUCUAUAUCUACAAUCACCAGUGCUUCAGCCUCAUUCCAACAAUGACUCUCAAUUACAUCCAGAUUCUAUAAUUGAUGAUUGUCAUUUCAUGUCAUUUGAAGAGUGGAAGAAACAAAAAAUCGAAACAAAUCUAUCUAUGUCCAAUUCAUCUAGGAACAUUACUGAACCUUCAAAGCCAUCGACUAAUGUCUCUUCUACGAAUGUAACCGCGGUCUCAGUUAUUGCCGUUUCCGAGCACGAGGGGACUACUUACAAGAAUAAAUUCAAUUUUGCAUCGGCUGAUUGCGCAGCUACCAUUAUCAAAACCAAUUCUCAAACAAAAGGGGCAUCCGCCAUCUUGAAAGAAAAUAAGGAUUCAUACCUACUAAACAAGUGUUCUGUUGAAAACAAAUUCAUCAUUAUUGAACUUUGUCAAGAUAUUCUUAUUAGUCAAGUUGUUCUUGGAAACUAUGAGUUCUUUUCAUCCAUGUUUAAGGAUAUUCGAGUGAGUGUAAGUGAUAGAUUCCCCACUCAGAAUUGGAGAGAAUUGGGUCAAUUCACAGCAAAGAAUAUACGGGAUGUGCAAACAUUUGAUAUCGCUAGUCCAUUGAUUUGGGCAAGGUAUAUAAAGUUGGAAAUAUUGAGUCAUUACGGGAAUGAAUUUUACUGCCCGAUAUCCGUGGUGAGAGUCCACGGUAAGACUAUGAUUGAUGAAUUUAAGGAGGACGAAGAGGUUUCUUCUCAGCAAUUGGAAAACCAGGAACAAGCAAUGAUUAGAGAAUUGGAUGCCAAUGAUAGUCAAUUGGAGACAUUGAUUAACGACACAUUUAAUGAAUGUAGCGUUGUUUUGCCACACUUGCUAUUAAAUGAAUUUCUCAAAGAUCUAAAUACCUCCAAGAAUAAUCAUUGCCUACUCAACGAAGGAAAUAGCUCGGGCUCAGUCACCUCAACAACAGCAACAAUUGCAACCACCCAGGAAUCUAUUUAUAAAAACAUUAUCAAGAGGCUAACGUUGCUAGAAUCUAAUGCGACCCUAUCCUUACUUUACAUCGAAGAGCAGCUGAAACUACUAAGCACAGCAUUCCUGAACUUGGAGAAAAGACAAUCAGCCAACUUUAACAAUUUGUUAAGGUCAGUAAAUUCUACCUUACUUCAUCAACUUUCAGUGUUUAAAGAUUCAUAUCAUGAGAUGUAUCUGCAAUACAGUGAACUUUUCCAUUUGCAAGACCACAAAUACAAACACUUUAUUGCCGAGUCAAAUCAGAGGUUGAAAAGUAUCAGCAGUGACCUAACAUUUCAAAAGCGCUUGUCCUUCUUUAAUAGUAUCAUUAUAAUUUGUCUUCUUGUCUAUGUAAUUUUAACGAGAGAGACCAAUGUCGAAAUUCAAAGGCAUGCCAUAAAGGAAAGGGACAAACGGGAUAAGCCGCUGACAUCUACUCUACAUAGAAAGGAUAAGGUCUUGUCUGAACCAGCUAGGAAAGAGAGGCAUCUGAUAUCUGAUCCAAUUUUAACCCUUCACUAA